GAGGCUUUCAAUGUUAAGUCAGGUUAUAGUCGAUCUGUGCGGUUUGCUUACUUCCGUCUUCAUUGGGGCAGGUCGGAUCGGGUCGGAUUGAACAAUGUUAGGUUCGUUAGGUUUGCGUAGCAACAAUCUUUCACAUCGUUUCACAUUACGCAGACGGGUGUUUUCGUUUGGGUGUUGGUAGUCCGACGCGUCCGACGACUUCCACAUUUUGUGGGGACAACAACAGUUGAUCCGUGGCAAUAGCGUUCACAGAUAGUUGCUAUUGGGUGAUAUUUUCACGCAAUGUCCAUGGUAAACACGGUGUAUGGUGGGCGGGAACCGUGUCUCGCAUAGCGUUAUGGGUAUACUUCCUUCACUUUUGAAACAGGAGUUUUGUUAUAUCUGACGUUUGGUGUGAUUUGAUGAGUGUGUGUUGAUUGUCAGUAUUAACCAUUGUUCCCAUGGAAUAAUAUUCAGAUCAGAAUGACAAGUGAAUGGCAUGAUGGUGAAUCACAAACUGUGAUUAAGUCUGCUGAAGGAUUCCGUAGACAAGUUGGACGAGGUCUAGGAAAAACUGCUCGGAAUGUCAGUGUCUCAGAUGGCUAUAUGUAUGUACCUGAUGUUGGCAAAGAUGAUGACAUUCCAGAGUUCUCAGGGAUUAGCCAAUGGAGCAGUGACAUUUCAGGACGAGUAGGAGGUCACAGUAGAGGAGGGCGUGGUAGGCAUGAUGGUACUUCAGAAAAUAGAGAUGGUCCACCAAAACUCCGAGACCACUACAUUCCUCCAGAACCAGCUGAUGAUGAAGAGACUAUUUUUGGCAGUGGAAUAAGUUCUGGUAUCAAUUUUGAUAAAUAUAAUAAUAUUAAAGUCAAGGUUACUGGUGAAAAUGUUCCUCAGCCCAUAGACUCUUUUGUAUAUGCAGGGCUCUGCCCAUUUGUCCUAAACAAUAUAAAGAAAUCUGGGUACUUGAAACCAACACCAGUGCAGAAAUAUGCUCUUCCAAUAAUAAUGAGUGGACGAGAUCUGAUGGCUUGUGCCCAGACAGGGUCCGGAAAAACGGCUGCCUUCUUGCUUCCAGUGAUCGACGCAUUGCUCAGUGAUCCAAGAGAUUUGAUAAUAUCAGGACAUCAUUGUGAGCCACAUGUUGUAAUCAUGUCACCCACCAGGGAGUUAGCACUUCAGAUAUAUAGUGAAGCAAGGAAAUUUGCAUAUGGAUCAACUGUGAAAACUGUAGUGGUUUAUGGUGGGAUUCCUGCCUACCACCAGGCCCAACAAAUUAUGAGAGGCUGUCACAUCCUUGUUGCUACGCCAGGCCGACUGAUUGACUUUUUGAGCAAAGGCCGAAUUACGCUCUCAUCUGUACGCUUUAUGGUCCUUGAUGAAGGUGACCGUAUGUUGGAUAUGGGCUUCUUACGCAGUAUUGAGGAAAUAAUGGAACAUCCCACCAUGGUUCCAAAAGAAGAACGACAGACUUGCAUGUUUUCUGCAACAUUUCCAGAAGACAUUCAACAUUUGGCUAGAAAAUUUUUGCAUAACUACCUCUUUUUGGGAGUUGGCAUUGUAGGAGGUGCAUGUUCAGAUGUGGAGCAGCAUGUCCACAUGGUGACGAAGUUUCAGAAACGUCCUAAGCUGCUAGAACUCCUCUUCCAAGAUGAUGGUGAGAAGAUAUUGGUGUUCGUGGAAAUGAAGCGUACAGCCGACUUCAUAGCCUCAUAUCUGUGUGAUAACAAUGUUCCCACAACAAGUAUACAUGGAGAUCGUCUGCAGCGAGAACGAGAGACUGCUCUUUGUGACUUCAAAACUGGUCACAUGCGAGUGCUGGUGGCAACUCCCGUCGCUGCACGAGGGCUCGAUAUUAAAAAUGUCUCUCAUGUUGUGAAUUAUGAUCUGCCCAAGAGCAUUGAUGAGUAUGUACAUCGUAUUGGAAGAACAGGACGUGUUGGCAAUCGUGGUAAGGCCACAAGCUUUUAUGAUCCAGAAGUUGAUGGGGCCUUGGCCAGAGAUCUUUUGAAGAUCCUUCAGCAGGCAGAUCAAAGCAUUCCACCCUGGCUGAAGGAGAGUGCAUCUAGCAAAUUAUGUUCAUCCCAGUUUCAGUUUUUUCGUUUUGGAGGGAACGAUGUCAGAAAGUUUGACACUGAUGACGAACCACCUAGCUUUCUGGGAGAUGGCUCAGGGAGUAGUCAUAGACAUCCCGAGCCUCUUGAACCCGAGGAAAAGUGGAACUGAGGGAGAAGCUAUAAGAAAAUUUCAAACUUGGCUGUGUUUUGUAUUAGUACAAAGUUAUAUUCUAGUUAACAUUGAUAUUUACUGUUCCAUUGAUGUUUAUGUUAAUACAAGUUGUGUGUUAGUUAAGGUGACACUGUCACUUCCAUUGAUGUUUAUGUUACAAAUUUAUUUGUAAAGCAAGAAGUUUAAUUUUCUGACUGGGUAGGUUUUACCCAUAGUGUUUAUUGCUGCGGCUGUGAUGAAGUGCAUAUUAAAUCAUAAGAGAAUAUUUGAAUAUGCAUGGAUAAAGCUUGUUAUACUCAAAAUUCAUGGUAUGUUAAUGGCCUGUUUUGUGGUGGAUAUAUAGCUUAGCAGGCACAGUGUGCAAUAUACAUUACCACUUUAACCACUUCUGCAGGUAGCAUAUUCCUUAGUUGAUGAUUGUUCUUUUAUUUAACAAAAUAUUUUGUUCAGUUCUCAUUUAGUAUUGUAUCUGCAUUUGAUCAAAACAGUUUUAAAUUCCAGUAAAUAAAACUGUUAUAUGAAA